ACCUGAUAAACAAGCACUUGUUCCACUCCAUUCUGUUUGAAUUUUACAAACAGUGAAGCAACAUAAAAUUGCAUCCAGGCUAUGCUGGAUAUCCGAUGGUUCCAGUCGAUGAAGAACUUCUCUGUGGCGCAGAAUUGCUUCGGUGCCGUGGAAAGUUUCCAAAAAGCAUAACCCAUUAACUUUUUGAUAAGUCUUGGGUCCUGCUCCUGUUGUCCAAGGAGACAAGAUGGAGAGUGGAGCUUUGCAAAUUGCUGGACUUGUACUCGGAGGCAUUGGCAUCAUUGGGACAUGUGCGGUGACGGGGAUGCCGCAGUGGAGAGUGACCGCUUUCAUCGAAAGCAACAUUGUGGUGUUUGAAACCCUCUGGGAAGGUCUGUGGAUGAACUGCUUCAGACAGGUCAACAUCCGGAUGCAGUGCAAGGUAUAUGACUCCCUGCUGGCCUUGACACCCGACCUGCAAGCCGGCCGCGCUUUAAUGUGUGCUGCAGUUGUACUCUCCUUUAUAGCUUUUAUGAUCGCCGUUGUUGGUAUGAAGUGCACUCGAUGCGGCGGAGACAAUGAGAGAACCAAAGGAAUUAUACUGUUGGUGGCUGGAAUCCUUUUUAUUCUAUCUGGGGUCGUCGUGUUGAUUCCAGUAUCGUGGACAGCUAAUCAGAUAAUCCGGGACUUUUACAAUCCCCUUGUUAAUGUGGCCCAGAAGCGAGAGCUUGGAGAAGCUCUUUAUCUAGGCUGGGUAACUGCGCUGCUGCUUAUGGCUGGAGGACUUAUAUUAUGUUGCUUUUGCAAGAGCAGCGAGAGAAAAUAUAUAUACACCCCUCAUCAAACCAAAUCUAUGUCCAGCGCCCCACGCCAAGUUAUAACAAGGAAAACACCAAGUUUGUACUCGAAAAGCCAAUAUGUGUAACAAGCACAACUUUUUGGACGCACGACUGCGGUGCUUUUGGAAGAUGUGUGCUCUCUUAGACCUCCCUUGUGUAAUUUUGGUUGACUGGACAACUGACUCGUGGACUUGAUGUAUCUAAAAAGGUUUGAUGUGAUGAUCUCUGCACGCGGCAGAAUACAUAUGCAUGUUAUCUCCAGAGUAUCUCUAAUAAUAUGAAGUCGCAUGAAGGGUAAUGAACACGUUGGUGGAAUAUUGAAUGCCUGUGAGAACUUGGUUCUUGCAUCUCUUAGAAUGUUUUUCAUUGUAUACACGCUUUUUAAUUCCUAAACAACCAGAGAUGAUACAUUGUAUCUAAGUGAUGGAGGGGAAGACAGAAUCUUUUUUGGAGCGGAACCAAUCACUGCUGAUAGUGAUCUUCUAGGAUCUCGGAGA